UAUACUUUUGCCCCUUUGAAGCCAAGAAAGAAGUUAAGCAAAGUCAAUCAUCCUUUUUGCUUGCUCUUGUCAGCUGCCUGCAAUGGAAGGUGGCAAUUUUUGGCAGAAGCUAUUUGAUGCAUCAAACACGUUGACACUAGAUGGACUGUAUGCAGUCCCAAAUAAUCACGCCCAACCAGAAGAUUCUCAGGAGCAAAACAGGGUAGAUACUAAUAUGGAAAUAAAUGGCAACGAUCAUCAAACACUCAAUUACUUAUCGGUCCAACCUGGAUUUUCAAUGGGUCCAAGCACAGCAGAUACUGAUCUUGAAGUAAAUGAUAACAAUCAUCAAGCACUUGAUAGCCUGCAAGUUCAACCAGGAAGUUCUGAUUUUUCACCAGACAAGGCCACUACUAAACCGCAAAUGAAUGACAAAAGUCACCAAACAUUUGAUUACCUGUCUGCUCAACAGGGAAGUUUUCAGGCUGCAGAAACACCUUGCCGUAAUAAUCGGGUAAGAAAAUCUCCCGAAGGUUUUGAUUAUCUAACAUCUGAAAAGAAAAGAUUGGCCGACAAGGCAUACCGGGAAAAAUCCAGGGAAGAAAGAGAAAAUACCAAGGCAGAAAAUAAUCGUCUAAAGACAGAAAUUAAUCGUUUAAAUGAAGAAUGUGUUAGGAAGAAUCAUGCUUUAAAGUCUCAAGAAGAAGAGAAUAAGCAUCUUCAGCAAAAAGUCGGUCGAUUGGAAGGCAGCCUUAAUACACAAAAUAUUGUUGUGGAGGUUCUCACAAAGCAACUAGCCCAGUCCCAAAUUAUUGAUCUUCAACGUGAAAAUACUCUUCUAAAAUCUCAAAUGGAUCAAUUAACGAGUUGUGCAAACAAUCAGGACAACUCAAUUAUACUUCAGCUUCAAGAAAGAAACGAACAACUACGACGUGAAAACAUUGCGUUCAAAAUGAUUUUUGAAGCUUUAUGCAUGAAGAUAAACAAUGACAAGAACCAUGAAGAGGAACAUACACGAUAAAGUACUGUACUACUAUGAUAUUUACUUAUAGUAUUUGUCUCGGCUUCGGAACCUUGAUUCAUUAUGGGAUGUUUACUGUAG